CACGUCACAUGCCAUGUGUCCAUGAUCUUGACAGACAAACAGACGGAGGUGUAUGGCUCCACCCUGAGCCGUGACGUCGCAUUCCUCAGGACGUCACGGAGAAGGGAGCUUCCAGGCUCGGCACCCGGUCAGGCGGCUGGGGAUGUUGAUGCUGCCGCAUUCCCCGCACAGGAGAGGCGGGACGAUGCCCGGGAUGUGCAGCUCGGCGCACUGACACCGGGAAUGGCUGAGCGUCCGGCUAGCCCGGCCAGCGGGUCAGCUAGUGGGAUCGGUGCGGCGGACGGACACGACUCGCUGUCUCUGGAGGAGAUCUUGGAUUUAUAUAACCAGCCCAUCAAUGAGGAGCAGGCGUGGGCUGUGUGCUACCAGUGCUGUGCAUCCCUGCGGGCGGACGAGAAACGGCGGAAGAUCGCCGGAGCCUCCGAGAUCCGCAUUCGGAAAGAUGGAGCUGUCAUCGUCACGGAGCGCUCCGGGCCAGGUGGGUCAAGUGACUCCACAUGCACAGAAACAGAGGUCGUUGUGUCACUAGGAAUUAUCAUCUACAAAGCACUUGAUUAUGGCUUGAAAGACAACGAGGAGAGGGAGCUAAGUGCUCCCCUGGAGUGCCUGAUAGACAAUAUGACAAAUAUUGAUGAGACUGACGGCAGCACUGAUGAAGGAUAUGAUGCUCUGGAUGAGGAAGAUGAUGAGGAUGCCAGUGGGAAGAAAAUGCCAGAAUUUCGUCAUUCCUAUAAAAGUGUCAUGAAGCUGUGUUCUUCUCAUCUGCCAACUCCAUCAGAAGCACCUAAUCAUUACCAAGCAGUAUGUCGGGCACUAUAUGCAGAGACCAUGGAACUGCACAUGUUCCUGACAAAAAUCAAAAGGGCAAAAGAGAGUCUAAAGAAGAUCCAGGAAAUGGACAAGGAUACAACUGACAGAGGUAACGCUGACCUUGAGGAUUUAAAGACUGCAGACUGGGCCAGGUUCUGGGUUCAGGUUAUGCGUGAUCUUCGCGAUGGUGUCAAGCUGAAGAAAGUGCAAGAACGCCAGUACAACAUGUUACCCAUCGAGUACCAGCUGACCCCUUAUGAGAUGCUGAUGGACGACAUUCGUUCCAAACGUUACACCUUAAGAAAGGUCACUGUUCAGGGUGGCAUCGCUCCUCGAUUAAAGAAGAGUGCCCAUGAAAUAAUCCUGGAUUUUAUACGCUCCAGACCUCCGUUAAAUCCCGCGUCUGCGCGGAAAUUAAAACCCACACCACCUCGUCCUCGAAGUCUGCAUGAACGGAUACUGGAGGAGAUUAAAUCUGAGCGAAAACUGCGUCCUGUUUCUCCCGAUGAAAUUAGGCGUAGCAGGCUUGUAAUGCGGCCCCUUAGCAUGUCUCACAGUUUUGACUUGUCAGAUGUUUCUACUCCUGAAGUCACAAGAAAGCAACCAGAGAGCACAGUGUUAAAUGGUGGUGUAACUGAGUCUUCCAGAAAAAAUGGACGUUCCUUGCAAGUGACUGUUCAACGCAAGAGACUUCUAAAAGCUCCAACCUUGGCUGAGUUGGACAGUUCAGAGUCAGAGGAGGAUACAAUAAAAAAGUCUACAAGUAGCAGUAGUGUGUCCAAUUCUCAGCCUGAAGAUAUAUCUCCAGGAAGUGCCAGUGGUAAAAAAACACCACCCAGGUUCCUGCCAAUCUCCUCUACACCACAACCUGAGAGACGGCAAACUCCACAGAGGCGCCACUCCAUAGAGAAAGAGACUCCAACCAAUGUUAGGCAGUUUCUACCACCGACUCGACAAAGCUCCAGAUCUUUGGUUCCUAGGAUAACCAGUUUCUUUCCAAGGAUGUCUUUGCGACCACCAUUUUCCAGCAUUCACACAGCUUCUUUGUUGGGCUCUCAUCCUUUUGAAGCAGCCAUUUUUGGGGCAGCUGGGGCUAUGUUUUAUCUAUUUGAAAAAGCUUAUACCAGCAGGUGGAGAGCCCCCCAGCAGGCGACACUCCAGAUCACGGAGGUAGCCCAAGGGGAGGAGUUUUGUUAUCCGGUAGAAUGUCUUGCUCUCACCGUAGAGGAAGUCAUGCACAUACGCCAAGUGCUGGUAAAAGCGGAGCUGGAAAAAUAUCAGCAAUAUAAAGAUGUCUACAAUGCUCUCAAGAAGGGAAAGCUUUGUUUAUGUUGUCGGACAAAGAGAUUUUCCUUGUUCACCUGGUCUUACACUUGCCAGUUCUGCAAACGGCCUGUGUGUUCACAGUGCUGCAAAAAGAUGAGAUUACCUUCCAAGCCAUAUUCCACACUCCCCAUCUUUUCACUGGGACCUUCUGCCUUGCAGAGAGGGGACAGUUUCCUCAGGCCUGAGAGGCCCUCCACCAGUCAUCAUCGACCACCUAAGAGCUUACCCAAGUUGGGGUCAAAGUCCAAAUCUGAGGAUAAGUCAGAUGAUGAACUCCAAUUCCCAAAAGAGCUCAUGGAAGACUGGAGCACCAUGGAGGUGUGCGUGGACUGUAAGAAAUUUAUCUCGGAUAUCAUUAGCUCCAGCCGCCGCAGCCUGACGCUGGCUAACAAGCGGGCCCGGUUAAAAAGGAAGACACAGUCGUUCUACCUGUCAUCCACAGGGACAUCUGAGUACCGGCCGACGGAGAGAACAAUCAAAGAGAUCUGACUCUUGUGCCUUUUUACCUUCUUUUAUUUUUCUUUAAUCUGCUUCGGUGUAAUGAAUAAUCAGGCUGUUGCUAUUUUAUUUUUUUAAGGUUUCGAGCAAGCUUGAAUUCCGCAAAAAUAGCACACUCCCUUUAUUUUUUAAUGUGCUCAAAAAAUGGGCUGCAGCCACACAAGCUGUCCCAGAUGCAGCAUUUCCUUUGCACUGGAAGAAUGCAGCUAUUGCCUUUUUUUAUCUGUUUGUAAUGAGACUAUAUUACAUGGACUCUGCUGGAGAUCAGAAUGUUCUAUCUGCAAGAGAGAUCCAUUAGGGUAAAGCUGGCACUGUUACCUCACAGAGUACAUAUCCCCUGGCUCUGCUGAAGAGAGGAGCAAUGUCUUAUUUUUACAUCGUGUCUACAUUCCUGUUUGUAAUUUUCAUUAUCUAUCAUUCAAUCAUUUAAUCAUUAUCUUAAUUAGCUGUCGCCAAAACGACAUAGAACGAUGCCUUGGUUUGGAGGAACUGCUUGAGAAAGUAGCAUCUAUGCUGAGAUAUUGGCCUAUCAGGUAUAUAGCUGUAUGAUGCAGUAGGAUGCUGGUAACUUCUGUCCCCAAGGAAAUACUCAGAAGUGACUAGCGAGAGAAUCAUAGCACUUUUAUUUCUUCCUCAGUGCCAAAUGAUGUCUUCCCAAUCCAAAUAUCAUUCCAUCCCUUUUUUAUGUGCUUUUAGAUCCUCCCACCAGUUUUGUGGUUUCAGUGCAAAAACGGGUGUUGGAGAGAACAUGUAAAUGAAAUAUGUUUAUAAAAACUGGCUACUGACAAGGAAAAACAAAUAUGGUACAGUCUCAAAUGUUUUGUGGCUUCAUAAAGCAGUCUCUAGUUGACUUUUGUUUGUGUUUAUAUGUCCAUUAGAGUGUACCUCCUGUCCACUGGAGACAACAGUCUUGUAGACAGGACCAGGCUUUUUAUCUAAUGCAUUGCAUCAGCAUAGGAAUUCAUGAUAUAGCUGUGGCAUUGAUCACAUGCCAUGCCUGUAACAACAGCUAUAACUGUUCAUACUGCUAACCAUGGUGCUUGGAGACUAGUGGGCCUUCCACUGUCACCUGACUAGAACCUUUUUGGGCCUCUUUUGCCCCUUCUACUAUGGCA